AUGGGAACACUCAGAAAUUUUGUCUUCCUUUCUGUCCUAUACCUACUAGGGGGCUGCAAUUCAUCCCUGAUUGAACUGAAAGACAAUGGCUAUGAAGGUAUUAUCAUUGCUAUAAAUCCUGAUGUGCCAGAAAAUGAAGCACUAAUUAAAGAAAUACAGGACAUGGUGACUGAAGCCUCUACUUACCUGUUCAAAGCCACAGGAAAUAGAACGUAUUUUAAAAACGUAAAUAUAUUGAUUCCAGGCACCUGGGAACAAAAACCUGAAUAUAUGAGACCAAGAUCUGAAAGCUACAAACAUGCUACUGUCAUAGUUGCACCACCUACAUUGCCAGGUAGAGAUGAACCCUACACCAGACACUUUUCACAGUGUGGAAAAGAAGGAGAAUACAUUCACUUGACCCCUGAUUUUCUACUUGGAAACAAGCAAAAUGAAUAUGGACCAUCAGGUCGACUGCUUGUCCAUGAAUGGACUCACCUCCGCUGGGGAGUGUUUGAUGAGUAUAAUGAGGAUGAGCCUUUCUAUGCUGCUUCCAACAAGAAAAUUGAAGCAACAAGGUGCGCCAAAGGUAUCACUGGUAUAAAUAGAGUUUAUAAGAAUUCAGGAGGCAGCAUUGUAACUAGACCAUGCAAAAUUAAUUCUGCCACAGGACUAUAUGAAAAAGAUUGUCAAUUCUUCCCUAAUGAAGAGCAAACUGCAAAAACAUCAAUCAUGUUUAUGCAAGCUAUAAAUUCUGUCAUUGAAUUCUGUAAUGAAAAGGACCAUAACAAAGAAGCUCCAAACCUACAAAAUAAAAAAUGUAAUCGCAGAAGCACAUGGGAAGUGAUCAGCUCUUCUGAGGAUAUUAAUAACACAAUGCCUAUGGUGGCACCACCCCCUCUACCUGUGUUCUCAUUGCUGAGGGUCGGUGAAAGAAUUGUGUGCUUAGUUCUUGAUAAGUCUGGAAGCAUGGGGGAUUAUAAUCGUCUGACUCGAAUGAACCAAGCAGCAAAACAUUUCCUGCUACAGACUGUUGAAAAUGAAUCCCGAGUGGGAAUAAUUAUUUUUGAUAAAAAUGCUUCUGUCAAAAGCCGUCCAAUUCAAAUAACCAGUCAAAAUGAUAGAGAGACACUCUUGAAAAUGUUACCUCAGGUAGCUGGUGGAGGAACUUCCAUUUGCUCCGGAAUUCGAAAGGCUUUAGAGGAAAUUAAAUCAGUUUAUCCCCAAGUAAAUGGAGCUGAAAUAGUACUGCUGACUGAUGGAGAGAAUAACGAUCCAAUAGACUGUGUUGAUGAAAUGGUACAAAGUGGAGCCGUCCUUCAUUUUAUUCCUUUGGGACCAAAUGCUGACAGAGCUGUCAGAGAAAUGCAAAUUAAAACAGGAGGAAAGUAUAUUUUUGUUACUGAUGAUCCUGAGAACAAUGGCCUUGUUGAAGCUUUCUCAGCUCUUACAUCAGAAAAUGCUCCUCUUGCUGAAAAAUCUCUUCAGCUUGAAAGUACGGGGAAAAAGCUCAACAAAGGUGACUGGAUAAAUGACACUAUAAUCAUUGAUAGCACUGUGGGAAAGGACACAUUCUUUCUUGUGACAUGGACCCAACAGCGUCCUUCAAUUUCGCUCUUGGAUCCUGACAGAACAAACAUGGGAAAUUUCAAAGAAGAUGGAACUUCCAGUAUGGCCUACCUCAGUAUUCCAGGAAUUGCAAAGGCUGGCAUUUGGACUUACAGUCUUCAAGCCAAAGUAAACAAUGAAAUACUAACUAUUACAGUAAAUUCUCGGGCAGCAAAUUCUUCUAUGCCUCCAAUCACAGUGAAUGCUAAAAUGAAUCAAAGCACAUAUGAAUUCCCCAAACCUGUGGUUGUCUAUGCAGAAGUUCUACAAGGAUUUGCACCCAUUCUUGGAGCCUCUGUGACAGCCAUCAUUGAAUCAAACCAGGGAACUACAACUUUAAAACUUUUAGAUAAUGGUGCAGGUGCUGAUUCUAUAAAGAAUGAUGGGGUCUACUCCAGUUAUUUUAUAGAUUUUAAAAAAGAUGGCCGAUAUAACUUAAAAGUAAAGGUUAAAGGAGGAGCAACUGCCAUGAGAAGUUUAAGACAUCCUCAAAAUACAGCAGCAUUUGUACCAGGCUGGGUGGUUAACGGAGAAAUUCAAGGGAAUCCACCAAGACCUGAAACUGAUAAGGAUAUUCAAACAAAUGUGGAGAAUUUCAGCAGAAUGGCAGUUGGAGGUGCAUUUGAACUUAAAGGUGUUCCACCUAAUUUCAAUACCUCCUCUGCUGACUAUUUCCCACCAAGUCAAAUCACAGAUCUUGAGGCCACACGUGAGGGGAAUAUGAUCACUUUAACAUGGACAGCACCAGGAGAUGAUUUUGAUGUUGGAAAAGUUCAACAGUAUGUCAUAAGAAAAAGUGGAAAUAUCCUUGAUCUAAAAGACAAUUUUGAUAGUGCCCUGGAAGUAAGUACUAAGAAUCUGAUGCCAAAGGACGCCAACUCCAAGGAAACAUUUACAUUUGAAGAAGAAAAUGUAAGAGAAGAUGCAACCCACAUUUUCUUUGCCAUUCAAAGUGUGGAUGAGAGUGGUAAAAAAUCUGAAAUAUCCAACACCGCACAAGUAGCAUUGUUUAUUCCGCAAGCAGAUGUUGACCAAGAGGAAAAUUAUCCUAGUUCCGGAAUUAGUAUUUCUACUGUGGUGUUGGCAGUGGUUGGAACUGUGGCAGCUGUUAGUAUUAUUUUCAGUACCACUAUUUGUAUCGUUAACAGGAGAAGAAGUUCAAAUAGACCUAGCACAGGGUUUUAA